GUGCAAGUAUAUACUUCAUAGAGUUACGCAGAUCAAAUUAAGCUAUAUAAUAUUUAGCAUUUUGUCUAAAUAUUAGUUUCCUUAGCUAAUAAAAAUAAAGAGCUGCUUCUUAGCUAUAUUGUGACUAUUUCGGAAAAUAUUAAAAAGAUUAUUCAGUUUUAUUUUGUUUUGAGACAAGGUUUCUCUGUGUGGCUCUGGCUGUCCUGGAACUCUAGGCUGGCCUCCAACUCAGAGAUCCACCUGCCUCUGCUUCCUGAGUACUGGGAUUAAAGGCCUGUGCCACCACACCUGGUGAUAAUUCAGUUCUUGACUUUUGUGUAACUAGCUGCUUUCCCUCUUCUUUCCUCUUAGUGCCAGUGCUGUGUUCCAUAUGAUCAAUCAUUCAACAUUGAUACCUCAUUUCGUGCUUUGAUACUAUGCUAGAAGUUACAAGUGAGAACUGUUAGAUACCAUCUUCUUUUCAGUAGAGUGUCUGGGAAAAGUCAAUUAUUUUAACAACACUGGAUGGAGCUCCCGUGGUUACUGUGGACACACUGGAUGGAGCUCCUGUGGUUACUGUGGACACACUGGAUGGAGCUCUCGUGGUUACUGUGGACACACUGGAUGGAGCUCCGUGGUUACUGUGGACACACUGGAUGGAGCUCCCGUGGUUACUGUGGACACACUGGAUGGAGCUCCCGUGGUUACUGUGGACACACUGGAUGGAGCUCCCGUGGUUACUGUGGACACACUGGAUGGAGCUCCCGUGGUUACUGUGGACACACUGGAUGGAGCUCCCGUGGUUACUGUGGACACACUGGAUAGAGCUCCCGUGGUUACUGUGGACACACUGGAUGGAGCUCCCGUGGUUACUGUGGACACACUGGAUGGAGCUCCCGUGGUUACUGUGGACACACUGGAUGGAGCUCCCGUGGUUACUGUGGACACACUGGAUGGAGCUCCCUGGUUAGUGUGGACACACUGGAUGGAGCUCCCGUGGUUACUGUGGACACACUGGAUGGAGCUCCAGUGGUUAGUGUGGACACACUGGAUGGAGCUCCUGUGGUUAGUGUGAACACACUGGAUGGAGCUCCAGUGGUUAGUGUGAACAGAGCCUGUCAGCCCCUGUGAUGGGAAGGCCUUAGGGCAGGGUCUUGUGAUCUUGCCAGGGAUGCUGGGAACCUUGCAGGUGGUGAUUGGACUCUAGACCAUGUGCCUAGGUAGUUUUUCCUUUCUCCGCAGCUCUGCUCCCCCAGCAACGCUCACCACACCCUUGUUUUGAGAACCUCACUAAGCUCUUGUCAGCAUCCAGCCAUGGGGGAUAUGAAAACCCCAGAUUUUGAUGACCUUCUGGCUGCCUUUGACAUCCCAGAUCCCACAAGUCUUGAUGCCAAGGAGGCCAUCCAGACUCCCAGUGAGGAGAAUGAGAGUCCCCUGAAGUCUUCCAGCAUGUGCAUGGAUGAAAAUGUGUCCCUGUCUCACGCUGGAUCAGCCCCAGAUGUGCCGGCUGUGAGUGUCAUAGUUAAGAACACCAGCCGCCAAGAAUCGUUUGAAGCAGAGAAAGACCACGUUGCUUCCAGUCUCCUCCACAACGGGUUUCGGAGCUCAGACCUGCCUUCAGACUCCCACCACUGUGGGAAGUUUGAUUCUUCUUUCAUAAAUGGAGACAGUGCUAGGAGUUUCACGAACAAGCUAGAACCUUCCAAGUCGGAGCCAUUACCCACUUUCAACCAAUUCAGUCCAAUCUCUAGCCCAGAACCUGAAGAUCCUGUCAAAGAUAAUGGGUUUGGGAUAAAGGCCAAGCACCCUGACAGUUAUUUCCCACCUCCUCCUGGGGCUGUGGGGGGCCCAGUCCUGGAAGCUCUGGCUAAGUUCCCAGUCCCGGAGCUACACAUGUUUGAUCACUUUUGUAAGAAAGAAGCCAAACCAGAACCCUUGCCUUUAGAGAGCCAGCAGGAGCAGGAGCCGGCUGGGCCGAAGGCGGCAGAACCUCCCAAAGAUCUGGAUUCCAGUCAGCUCUUUGGGGAAGCUUUAGAAUUCAACAGUCACUCUAGCAGCAGUGUUGGAGAGCUCAAGAAGCUUGCUCCAGAGCUUAGUGCUUGCUCCUCUGUCCCACCUAGGCAGCGUCUGAAGCCAGCCCAUUCCAAACUAUCCUCUUGUGUUGCAGCCUUGGUGGCCCUACAGGCCAAACGAGUGGCCAGUGUCACCAAGGAGGAUCAGCCUAGUCACACAAAAGAUUCCUCAGGGCCCACUAAAGAGGGUUCUAAAGGCAGCCCCAAAAUGCCCAAGUCACCAAAGAGUCCCCGGAGCCCUCUGGAGGUCACUAGAAAAAGUAUCAAGCCAUCAGAUAGCCCUCGGAGCAUCUGCAGUGACAGUAGCAGCAAAGGGUCCCCUUCUGUGGCUGCCAGCUCCCCACCAGCAAUUCCCAAAGUUAGAAUCAAAACAAUUAAGACAUCAUCAGGGGAAAUCAAACGAACUGUUACAAGGAUCCUGCCAGACCCUGAUGAUCCAAGUAAGUCCCCUGUUGAGUCACCUGUAGGGAGCACCAUUGCUGAGGCCCCUAGUGAGGUGCCGGGGGAUGAAGGCACAGCCAUGCCUGUGGAAGAGCCCUUUUCUGAGGCAGGCAUAAGUUUAGGGAGCCCCCAGGGUGACAGGAAAGGAGAUGAGAGCAUGAUAAAGACCAGUGACUCUUCAUCUCCCUGCCGCGUCUCUGGGCCCCGAGUCCCAAAAGGAGCUGCCCUGACCUCACAGGCAAGCAAGAAGCAGCAGAGCACAACACUUCAGACAUCAACCUUGGCCCCUGCCAGUCUCUUGCCCAAAGCUGUGCACUUGGCCAACUUGAACCUCGUCCCCCACAGUGUUGCCGCAUCUGUGACUGCAAAGUCCUCAGCACAGAGACGGAGCCAGCCUCAGGUUGCACAAAUGACAGUGCCCCUCGUCCACCAGGUGAAAAAGGCCGCCCCUCUAAUUGUGGAGGUCUUCAACAAGGUCCUUCACAGCUCUAACCCUGUGCCCCUCUAUGCGCCAAAUCUCAGCCCACCUGCAGACAGCAGAAUCCAUGUGCCGGCCAGUGGGUACUGCUGCCUGGAGUGUGGAGACGCGUUUGCCUUAGAGAAGAGCCUGAGCCAGCACUACAGCCGGCGGAGUGUCCACAUCGAGGUGCUGUGCACACUGUGCUCUAAGACACUGCUCUUCUUCAACAAGUGCAGCCUGCUUCGGCAUGCCCGAGACCACAAGAGCAAGGGGCUUGUCAUGCAGUGUUCUCAGCUGCUUGUGAAGCCCAUCUCCGCGGACCAGAUGUUUGUGGCAGCUCCUGUGAACUCCACGGCACCAGCAACCCCAGCCACUUCUUCCUCCCCCAAACCCAGCCCCACUUCAAGCAACGCCAGCCCUGUAAUUCCAGCCUUGCCACUUUACCCAGACCCAGUGAGGCUCAUCCGGUAUGGAACCAAAUGUCCUGAAUGUCACAAGCAGAUGCGAGACUAUAUGGUCCUGGCUGCACAUUUCCAGAGGACCACAGAGGAAACCGAGGGGCUAACUUGCCAGGUAUGCCAGAUGCUGCUGCCAAACCAAUGUAGUUUCUGUGCGCACCAGCGGAUUCAUGCACACAAGUCCCCCUACUGCUGCCCAGAGUGUGGUGUCCUUUGUCGCUCUGCUUACUUCCAGACUCAUGUAAAGGAGAAUUGCCUGCACUAUGCCCGAAAAGUGGGCUACAGGUGUAUCCACUGUGGUGUCAUCCACCUGACUUUGGCCUUGCUGAAAAGCCACAUCCAGGAGCGACACUGCCAGGUUUUCCACAAAUGUGCAUUCUGUCCCAUGGCCUUCAAGACUGCCAGUAGUACGAUGGACCACAGUACCGCCCAGCAUCCCACCCAGCCCCACAGACCCUCCCAGCUAAUUUAUAAGUGCUCCUGUGAAAUGGUCUUCAAUAAGAAGAGGCACAUUCAACAGCAUUUUUACCAGAAUGUCAGCAAGACACAAGCGAGUGUCUUCAAGUGCCCUGAGUGCCCACUUCUGUUUCUGCAGAAGCCAGAAUUAAUGCAGCAUGUCAAGAAUACCCACGGUGUUCCCCGGAAUGUGGAUGAGCUGUCAAGCCUCCAGUCGUCAGCAGACACGUCUUCUAGCCGCCCUGGUUCUCGAGCUCCCACUGAGCCCCCAGCCACAAGUGUAGCUGCUAGAGGCAGCUCCCUGACUGCUGGCCGCUGGGGCCGUCCAGAAGCCCACCGCAGGACUGAAGCAAGGCCCCGGAUGAGGAGCACUGGUUGGACCUGCCAGGAGUGUCAGGAGUGGGUUCCUGAUCGAGAGAGCUAUGUGUCCCACAUGAAAAAGAGCCAUGGUCGGACACUGAAGCGGUACCCAUGCCGGCAGUGUGAGCAGUCCUUCCACACCCCCAGCAGCCUGCGCAAACACAUCCGCAACAACCAUGACACAGUAAAGAAGGUCUACACUUGUGGGUACUGCACUGAGGAUAGUCCCAGCUUUCCUCGGCCCUCCCUCCUGGAGAGCCACAUCAGCCUUAUGCACGGUAUCCGAAACCCUGAUUUGAGCCAGACAUCCAAAGUGAGCCAUCCAGGUGGACAUUCCCCUCAGGUGAACCAUCUGAAAAGAGCAGUCAGCAGAACGGCAGAUGCUCCAGGCACUAGCAAUGGUGCAACUGUUCCCUCUUCCAAAAGGCACAGGUCCGUAUUUCAGUGUGCAAAGUGCAGCUUUGCCACAGACUCAGAGCUCGAGUUCCAGAGCCACAUACCUCAGCACCAGGCAGACAGCUCCACAGCCCAGUGUCUCCUCUGUGGUUUGUGCUACACGUCUGCCAGUUCACUCAACCGCCACCUGUUCAUAGUCCACAAAGUGAGAGAUCAGGAGGAAGAAGAGGAGGAAGAAGAGAUUGUGGAAGUGAAGGUGGAAGCUACAGACCCAGAGACAUGCUCUGGAGAGGAGGUGGCCAUGGAGACUAGAGAAAAUGGACUGGAAGAAUGUGCCAGUGAGCCAUUGGUGGCUGACCUAGAGCCAAGGAGGUCACUAGGCUUGGCUCCGGAUGAAGACAGUGCCCAGGACCCUCAGAAUCAACCACAGGCCUCUCAGGACCAGAACAGCCAUGCACUAUCUCCUCAGGUGUGACCGAGGCUUUGUAGCUAUCAGUCAGGCUGUGGCACCUCCACCUGCUGUGCAGACUGUGGGAAAUAAGCUCUGCACUAGUGUUUGGCCACUGUGCUCUGGAGCAGAGUCUACUCUGAGCUGCAGGUUCUGGAUGUCUCCUAGCCCCAGAAAAUGUGGGGCCACCCAGAAUCCCUCACAGCUCUGAAUUUGCUUCUGUUAUUUAUGGCUUAAUGCUGCUUCUUGGUACCCCAAUUCUCAUCCAUGUCUUUUCAGCCCCAGGCUACUUAGGUAGUGCAACCUCAGUGUUGUCACCUCAGCCUGCAAGCCCUCAGUAGCUGUGCUCUGGGCUCUACCUGCUGUGUUCAGCUGGAGACGACUCAGAGCUCCAUUUCCUGCAGACACCAGCUCUCCUUCCUGCCUUCAGAGCCCAAGAAGGAGGGGAAUGAAGGGUGCUGGCCUUUCCUCUGGGAACUCUGCCCAGCCUGGCUUGGUGAGGUCCCUUGCUCGCCCUUUCCUUUUUGUCUUCUUUGAUUCUUUUCCCCAGAAACAUCUUGAGGAUUUCACCUGUCACACUGAUCAUGUCUCUGUGAGUGGGAGAAAUGUCAAUACACUCCUUUUUAGAACUGAGGGAAGCAUGAAGUAUGGCCAAGGCAGGCAGGCGCCGAGAGCCAGACCCUCUGCGGGGCUGUGGUGGGCCCUCUGUUGCUGUCCUGCAACCCCUGACAGGUAGGGCAUGGGGCACACAGACGUUGGGAUAUUUGUAUUCUUGCUCCUGUGCCAUUAGGGAGGCUGCUGCCUCAGGCUGGCCAGCCCCUCCUCCUCUCAGGCCAGCCAGCCCCCCCCCCCCCCUCAGCUACAUUCUGGUUGCUCAGACUAUUUCAAUAAAAAAAAAAAAAUCUUCUUACCAUGCAGGUAGGCUCUUGUAUUCCUCUUCUGGUGAGCUAGCCCCUCCUGCUCCGUCUGAGGGUCUUCCCCAACUGUGCUGGCUCCCCCCUCUGAAGGAAAGCAGUAUUUCCAUCUGCCCAUGGAAGCUCUACGUUCUGGAGCUUGUGCUUGGGAAACCUGGGGUCCUGUACAUCGUGGUUCUCUAGAGACUUCUAAAGGAGCAGGGGAUGGGGGUGGGGGAUCAGUUCUGGUCAGCAGUCACCUCCAAGGACUCUGGCCUAAUAGAUUGGCCUUAAGGCCUACUGAAGUUCUCUGGGCAUCUUUCCAUCAAAGGGUUUUCAACCCAAGAGAUUCUUCUUGGUGAGGGGCAGAUAGAAGGAACUCUUGACAGCUGUACAGUAUUCAGAGACAGUUGUCACCGCCACAGCAAACCCAGACUUGAUAGAGUUGGGAUGUGAUGAGGGAUGAGGCCUGCCCGAGCACAAGGACAGGUUGUGGGAAGGUGUUCUCUGACCCAACUGGCCUGGGCCAGGCCCAGCAGGAUCCUGUGCAGCACAGCAAGGGGGUGUUGGCUGAGGUCUUAGGCUUGAUCUUUCAAGGAAGACAUGAAUGCCAAUUAGGAAUCCAAUUGGAUAAAUAUGCAUGACCUUUUCACAAUUGAAUCUUUCCUUGCUCUGUCAAAUGCCAAGUUUUUAGUGAAAGGCUAAUGGCAGUGGAAAAAGUGCCUGCCUCAGAUCCAGAGAGGCUCUGUUGUCUAUACCAUUUUAAUGAGCAUUCUUCCUGGCAAGGCCUCCAGCUCCCUGCUUCCCCUGCUGGCAGUGAGGAAAGCCAGCCCUAUUGAGCAGGUCCCAAGCUAGGCACUGUCCCUCUCCCAGUCCCAUCACAUUCUCUGGUUUCGCUUCAGAUCCUAUCAAUCUUUCACCUUAUGCUAACAAUCCCAUUGCAGGGAGCCUCUGUGCACCAGAUCAUCCAUGAGAACAGGUUCUUAAGAAGGUGUAUAGAAGGCUUUGGGCUGAGUGGCUGCAUUUCCUCCCACUCAGAAACCGUGGGAGCUGGAACACAGCAGGUGGAGAAACUAAGGGUGGAGCAGCUGUGCUCAUGCUAGACCCAGUCUCUUGGAACGCUGGGGAAGCCCGAGCCAUAGCCUGGGUUCUUGUUGCCCUUGGCCAGUUCCUAGCACCCCUCCUCCCCACAGGCUCCUCCCCCUAAAGCAGAACCAGCGACCCCCACCCAGCUUUUUCAAAGCUUUGAUGAAGUCAUGAGUGUGUAUACACUCUCUAGUUUCCAGAAUAGCAUGUGGAUAUGGGGGUUCUGCACUUCUGGACCUGGAGACUGGAGCGUAUCUUAUCUGCUGCUCACAUUUGGAUGUGGGCUAUC